AUGUCAGACCAUCAGAGCCUCAAAUUUAAUUGUACGGAUUACGAAAUUGAAGAUCCCCCUCCGUUUGAAAAUUUACAAACUAGUAUUGAUGAAAGCGAUGAACCAUUUGAGGAUUCGGAAUUUCCAGCAGAUAUGAUCAGCGUUUAUAAACCGAAUCAAAAGCCACCACCAGGAGCAAAACGGAUCAAGAGCUGGCUUAGACCUCAUCAGAUAAAUGGAGUAACAAAUCCCUCACUAUUUGUUCAAGAUGCAACCACGCAAGAUGUUGCUCAAGGAGGGUUAGGAGAUUGUUGGUUCAUUGGAGCUCUUUGCGUGUUGUCAGAGAAACGAGAUUGGAUUGAAAAGUUAGUUGUCUCGUAUCCCAAGCACGAUUCAAGAGGAAAAUAUACAUUUAGAUUUUUUAGAGAUGGAAGAUGGGAGCACGUCACCAUCGAUGACCGUCUUCCUUGUGACCUUAAAGGAAAUUUAGUUUUUGGGAAAUGCUCUGACCCCAACGAGCUAUGGGUUCCCUUAAUCGAGAAGGCGUAUGCAAAAUUGAAUGGCUCGUAUGCCGCCAUUGAGGGAGGAUUUGUCAGAAAUGCUUUGGUAGAUAUGACAUCAGGCAUAUCUGAGAUGAUUGACAUUAAGAGAAAAUCAUUGGAAGAGAUGUGGGCCUAUCUCAACCGACGAACCAAUCAAUCGGCCUUAUUGGGAGCUAGUUCAUCAUCGUCAGUAGGAGAAACGAACAUUGCCGACACUGGAUUAAUGGCAGGUCAUGCCUAUGCAGUUCUUCAAUGCUUCGAGGUUGGAAAGAAUCGAUUAAUACGGUUAAAGAAUCCUUGGGCACGAGGUGAAUGGACAGGUCCGUGGUCUGACAAUUCUAUAGAAUGGUCACAAAACCCGAAGGUUGCUGAAGUAGUGAAUCCAAAUUUUUCUGAAGAUGGAAGUUUUCAUAUUUGUCUUGAAGACUUUUGUAAAUAUUUCACACAUUUGGAUGUAUGCGUUCUAAUUAACGACCCAAACGAUGCAUUUUCAGACCCCAAGGAAACGAAUAGAGCGCUGAUCUGGCAAUGCAAAACUAGGUGGAGCCAAUUUAAUGGUGAAGGAUUGUUCACUGCCAACACACAGGAUUCUAGGAAGGGCCCACAAUUUCAUUUGUACGUUAGUGACACUACUGAUAUAAUUGUCAGUUUAAUGUUACACUCUUCGAAAUAUCUUAGCGAAGCAAAAGAAAAAGAUUUUCCAAUUGGAUUCCAUGUAUUGAGAUCCGAGGGAAGAAUGCACCGAUGCUUCUUUGCUAAACAAUCAAAUGUUGCGUUUAAAAGCACUUUUGAAUACAGUAGAGAAAAUACUGUAAAAUUCAAACAGUUAACUCAAGGGAAUUACAUUAUUGUUCCGUCUGUCUAUUUUAAGGAUAAGGUUGGAAAGUUUAUUUUGCGAGUGUUUGUGGACAAGCGAGUGAAUGAUUUUUCUCUCAACUUGUUACCUCCAGAGAAUGAAUGUUACCAUAUACAGAGCAUUGAUGGAUCAUUUGAUCAUUUAACAAGUGGAGGGUGCAUGAAUUCUUGGAAAUGGCUUUUAAAUCCUCAAUAUAUUCUGACUAUUAAGAGCGAACAUUGCUCUAAAAUGAGAGUUCGUGUCAGCAUUGAGCAGAAAAAAGAGCCGUUAGAAUAUUUAGGAAUGUACAUUCUGAAGGGAAAUGAUCACGGACAAACCAAACCUGUUUUUGAAAACAAAGAAGCGGCCCCACCUCUGCCGUUUGUAAAUAGAGUUGAAAACAUUAAUGAGGAGACUUUUGAGAUGGAGGCAAACAAAAAUAUCGUUCUUGUGCCAUGCACCUUCAAACCUGGUAUUUUGAUGGAAAGAUUUACCAUACGAUGUUAUGUGCCUAGAAAUCAGAGCAUGAGGGAUCUCCAAAUUAAUCUCGAGUUAGCAACAAGCUCUAUAUACAAGAAAAUAAUCCUUCACAGUGAAUGGGUGAGAAUCUCAGCCGGAGGUUGCCCCAACAACGUAAAUUCAUAUUGGAACAACCCAAAAUGCUUAGUGACUGCUGAGAAAGAUUGUGACGUCGAUAUUUUACUCUGUCAAGAAGAGAAGAAUGGAAAACUGGCAGCAAUUGGAUUUCAUGUGUUUAAAGGAGCCAUGAACUCUUCAAGCGUCUAUACAAAAACCCCCUCUUGGGCAUUCCAGAGAAUUGCAUUCCUUAAUGUCACACUUCAAGCAAAUAUUGCCCAUUACAUUAUUCCCUCAACAUAUAAUCCGGGAGAUGAGAGAAAGUUCACCUUAAUUGUGUAUCAUACCAAUGAUUGUAAAUUUGCCUUGUUGUGA